GUUCACAGACAUAUCUUCUUGGCAUCUCUCCCUCUCGAUGGACCUGAUGACUUCCCACAAAUAUCUCUCUACUUUUUUUGUCUUUGGAUUUCUUAGCUUGAACUUGCUUUAGUCACACUACUCUCUCUCUCUCUCUUUCUCUCCCCCCCUCUCCUUUCCCCUGUUGCGUUCCCUUCUCUCCAAAACCAAGAGAAAUCAGUCUGUUGAGAAUGAAGGCUUCCAAGGGCAAAGGACCUGUGAAGAAGGACAAGAAAGAAGUAUUAAAGCCUGUUGAGGACGUAAAGGUGGGAAAACGAAAGGCGGCGAUUGAGGCUGACAAGAGCCGCCGAAAACUUGCGAAGAACGCAAAAUUGGGCAAGAAGGACCCCAAUAAACCAAAGAGACCUGCGAGCGCUUUCUUUGUUUUUCUAGAAGAGUUCAGGAUGGUUUACAAGAAAGAGCAUCCGAAUGUGAAAGCUGUGUCAGCUGUGGGGAAAGCUGGUGGAGAAAAGUGGAAAUCUAUGUCACCUGCGGAGAAAGCUCCAUAUGAAGCUAAAGCAGCAAAAAGGAAAACGGAGUAUGAAAAACUUAUGAAAGCUUACAACAACAAAGAGGAUGAGACGGAGGAUGACGAGGAAGAAGUUGCUGAAAAGUCAAAACCCAUUGCGAAGGUUGUUGAAGAAGAGAGUGCUGAGGAAGACGAUGAAGAAGAUGAUGACGACGAUGAAGACGAAGACUGAUCUGGCGUGCCAUGUUGAUCCAUAAUCACUCCCACGGGAUGGGACUUGUACUAUGACACCUUUCACUUAUGUUAAAUAUGCUUGUUUAUUUGAGAGGGAAGCAUCAAGCAUGCCGAGCCCUUGCAUCUUCUAAGUAGCCUUUCUGGGUUACAUCCUCUAUAUGUACCUUGACCACCAUUGUUGUAUAUAUCGUGUUUAAACCGUGUUCA